AUGCUGCGUUGUUUGCGAGGAAAGAAAUCCUGGAAGCAUGAUUUAAAAGUAGCGGACAUGCGGAAGGUUGAAAGUAAACGCUUAAAUCUUCUCGAAUCAAAAAGUUACAUCACCUAUCAUCAUGCAGAGGAUAUGAACUCAAGGUUCCACGAAUUUAAUCUUCAAACAAUAUUGUCUUUGGAUAUCUUCAAGUCUUUCUUUCUUUCUCGUAUUUGUUUGUCUUUCUUUCUUUCUUUCUUUCUUUCUCGUAUUUGUUUGUCUUUCUUUCUUUCUUUCUUUCUUUCUUUCUUUCUUUCUAGUAUUUGUCUUCCUUUCUCGUAUUUGUCUUUUUCUUUCUUUCUUUCUCAUAUUUGUCUUUCUUUCUUUCUUUCUUUCUUUCUUUCUUUCUCGUCUCUGUUUUCCUUUCUCGUCUCUGUCUUUCAUUCUUUCUCGUCUUUCGUUCUUCCUUUCUAG